AUGGGCCAGGCCCGCAGAGGCAUUAAAAAGGCUGCUUCUAAAGCCAAGAACAUGCGAACCCAUUUCUAUGGUCGUGAAAAGACUCUCUGUAAGCGGUACGUUUCUCCUUUUUCCAAGCAGAAGUGGUUGAUUGUUGACUUCUUCUCAGAAUGGGGAGAUAUACCAAACUAG